UUCCUUAAUUUACUUUCAAUUUUUUAAUCAAAUCUUAAAGACUUACUUGAUCGAAACAACACAGUUGGCCAAAAUCCAUUUCUUCUCCAUUACACAAAAAACAUCCUCUUCAACAUAAUCCUCUUCAACAUAUAAACAUCAUCAACUCAUCAAAACCCUAACCAUGGAGUCCAUUAACAUCCUUAAAGGCUACGACAAAGUAGUAGAUUCCAAUCUUGAAAACCAAAAACCACAUCUUCACCACUCCACAACCACCAGAAAACCACUCAUCAUAAUAAUCUCAUCAAUCCUAAUACUAACCCUUAUCAUCGCGGCCUUUCUGGCCGCCUUAAUCCACGAGUCCAACACCGAGCCACCCGAGUUCGAUUCCCCAACUGAGUCACUCAAAGCCGUCUGCAACAUAACUCAGUAUCCAACCGCAUGUUUCACCUCCAUAUCAUCACUCAACAUCCCAAUCAAGAACGACCCGGAAUCCAUUUUCAAGAUUUCUCUUCAUCUGUCAGUUCAAGAAAUCUCAAACAUUUCCACCAUUUUCAAGACUCUCAAGGAUGAUAACUCGCAAGGUUCCAUUAAUGACUGUUUGAGUUUGUUUGAUGACGCGUUGAGUAAAGUCAACGACUCUUUAUUGGCUAUGGAGAAGGGGUUGACUUCGGACAAGAUUAAUGAUAUUCAGACAUGGAUUAGUGCUGCUAUGACCGAUCAGGAGACGUGCGUUGAUGGGUUAGAGGAGAUGGGAUCAGGUGUUGUUGGUCAAGUUAAGGCUGCGUUGGUGAGGUGUAAGGAGUUCUUGAGUAAUAAUUUGGCUAUUAUUGCUAAUAUGCAGAACCUUCUUGAAAAGUUUGAUCUCAAAUUGCAUUGAGUUUCUUGUAUUAUCUUAUUCAUAUUUUGCAUAUGUUGGUGUUGAAAAUUUGUAAUGUUUUAUCGAUUAUGAUUACUUUGUUCUAUGUUGUUAUGCAUUUAUAAUAAAAUAUGUACAUUUUAAAGCAAA